AUGGCUUCACGCGAUUUUAAUUACGCCGAACCAAGCGCUUCGUCCGAUAAUGCAUCUGAUUCCGAUAUGAAUUCAACUCCAGAACGUGUUGGUGCAAUUCACAAGUCAGAUCACGUCGUGCUCAAUGGACGUCCCGUCAAAGUAGUUGAAGUAGCACAUUCAAAACCAGGAAAACAUGGUCAUGCAAAGGUUCAUUUAGUUGGUAUCGACAUUUUUACAGGUCGUCGGUAUGAAGAUGUUCGUCCAGUUGGACAUAUGAUUGAAGUACCAAAUAUCCAAAAGAAAGAAUAUAGCGUGGUUGAGCUCAAUGAAUGUAAUUCUAUUAUAUUACGUGACGAUAAUACAGGUAAAAUGCGAAAUGAUUUAAAAUUAAAAAAAGAUUCGGAUGUUACCGCUCGAAUCCUCGACAAAUACAACGAAGGGAAGGGUCGAAUAAAAGUUACCGUUUUCAAAGUACUUGGCGAAGAGCAAAUCAAAGCAUUUAAAGUAAUUGAAUAG